AUGCCAACAACGCCUGUUACGACCACACCUAAUACCAUUCCUCCAACGCCAGACGCUGCAUCAAACAAUGCCAAUGCGACAAACGCCUUCCCGAGAAUUGGUUAUGUCCAAUUGGAUAAACUUCAACAAAGAGGAAUACAAGCAUAUAAAGACACACAGUGUCAGCUAGCGAGGAUUGGUGAUGGGGUUACGCAAGAGGCACAAGAAAUCUUCGAUGCGUUAAGUAAAACACUACCGUGCCGAUGGGCUAAGGAUACCAUUGUGGUUCUCGAUGAAGUGGCUAUUACUCCUCCAUACAACGUUGAGAAUUGUAGGGCUAAUUCAAAUGCUGCUGGGUCACUAGAACGUGUUAAGAAAGUGUUGGAAGGUGAAAAACGACGAUUGGCGAGUGUUCGUCGGCAGGGAUCGGCGGCGUCUGUAUGA